GAUGCCCCUUCCCUGACCCCCUCCGUCUUCCAUAUGCCUCUGCAGAGCUUUAUCGGUAACCGGAGACAGUGGCUCCCGUCCACGUCUGAAACCAGAAGCAGCAGCCGUGGGAGUGAGUUGCUCCCCAGCGGGACGGAGGUACCUGAGGCAGAGAGCAGACUGGCUCAGGGAUGGGAGAUCAAAGGGCAAUUUCAGCCGCCAGGGAUGGGGACUUGACCACUUUAGAGCGUCUCUUUGAGGAUGGCCUCCUGGCACGGGGCAUCGCCGAUGCCCAGGGGGCGGGCCCGGUCCACCAUGCCUCCAGAGGGGGUCACCUGGACUGCCUCAAGUUGCUGGUACAGAGAGCCAAACUUCCAGGGAACCAGCGAGCCAAGAACGGGGCGACUCCAGCACAUGAUGCGGCAGCCACGGGUCACCUGGCUGAGCUACAGUGGCUGAUGCGGGAUGGCGGCUGUGGUGUGCAGGUUCAGGAUGCUUCGGGCGUUACCCCCCUGCACUUGGCAGCGCGUUUUGGGCACCCGAUGGUAGUGGAGUGGCUGGUCCGGGAAGGGUGCGACCCAGCUGCGGAGACCCUGGAGGGGGCCUCGCCCCUGCACUAUGCUGCGGCCAAGGGGGAUCUGACCUGCCUGAAGCUGCUGGUGGCCGCGGACCCCAGCUGUGUAAACAAACAGACCCAGAGCGGAGCCUCCCCACUGUAUCUCGCCUGCCAGGAAGGCCACCUCCACAUCGCCCAGUUCUUGGUGAAGGACUGUGGGGCCAACGCGCAGCUGAGAGCCCACGACGGCAUGACUGUCCUGCAUGCGGCGGCCUGCCGUGGUCACUACUCCCUGGUCAUCUGGUUGGUCACGUUCACGGACGUCGGCCUGGCUGCUCAAGAUGACGAGGGAGCCACAGCCCUGCACUUUGCGGCCAGGUGGGGCCACACGCCCAUCGUGGACCGGCUUCUCCUGAUGGGGGCUGAAAUCACCAAAGACCACUGGGGCGGGACCCCCCUCCAUGAUGCGGCUGAAAAUGGACAACUGGAGUGCUGUCGGACUUUGAUCGUCCAUCACGUGGAUCCCACCCUUCUGGACGGGGAUGGCUACACCGCAAGGGACCUCGCAGAGUAUAAUGGACACAGAGACUGCACUCUCUUCCUGCAGCAAGUGGAGACGCCGGCCUCUCCUCCGGUCAAGCCUGCCCUUAAUUUGCUAGCCGCCAUCCACCCAGCAGCUGAACAGAAAAAAGGCGUCUGCUCCCGUGGGGACCAUGCCCCUGUAGCAUCUCUGAACAUGGUACAGCCCAACCAGUCCAGCAAGUCCCUCAACACCGAGCUGAAGAUCAACAAAUCUAUGCAGAAGGCCCGGAUCACUGCCAUGUUUGCCCAUUCGGGGGAGAAAAUGGAGGACUCUGAGGAUCUGGGGAAGAGCCUCAUCUCUCGGAGGCUGAAGGAGUUGAAUCAAUCAGAUGUGGAUGCCCUGGUGCCCACCCACGAUGAACAGGGCUAUUCAAUCCCGGAAUGGAAGCGGCAGAUCAUGGUGCGGAAGCUACAGUCCCGCCUGCUGUCUGAGGAGACGAUGAGCCACAAGGAUGGAGGAGGCUCCGUGGAGUUGAGCGAUUGGAGAUACUCGCAGGCUCACAAUGCCAUCCUGGGCCCCUACGGGGAGCUGCUCACAGAGGACGACCUCAUGUACCUGGAGAAGCAGAUUGAGAACUUGCAGUUGAAGAAGAAGUGCCAAGAGUAUGAACGAGAGUUGGGGAGGUUGGCCGAGGAGCUCCAGGCCCUGCUUCCUCCUCCCAUCGUCAACAUCACGGUCCAUGGCCUCUUACAGCCACAGCGGGCCAAAGGGGAAGGCCAGGCCCUGCCCGUGUGGUGCAGCCGCAUCUCCAGGGUGGUGAAGAGUAUGUCCCUGCUGCUGAGGAACGUGAACGGUCUGGCGAGCAGGGAGGAGAAGUCAGCCGCCGCGGGGCCGGAUCCCCCGGGGGGGUCCGUGGAAAGAGAGAUCCUGGGCUGCGGUGUCUCCGUGAGGAGCCUGAGGGACAGUUUUGAGAAACAGGCUUGUCUUGGGCUCCAGAAGCCGGCGCCGCCCCAUGAGAGCAAGAUGGGACCAGGAGGAGCCCUGAGGGGAAGCCACCCCUUGGGCGGGACGGCUCCCCACAAGAUUCAGGCUGUGGGCAAGAGCCAGAAAAGGCAGCUCUGGGAGGAGCGGGCCUCAGGCGACCCCAAGGUAGCCGUUGCUGCUGGGAUCAGCCGUGACGGGGCCUCCUCUGAGACCAACAGCUCUCCGGUGCCCGAAUCGGCCAGCCUGAGAAAAGAGCGGAUCGUGACGCUCUUCCUGAGCCACUGGAAGAAGUCUGCUUACACACCCGCCUUGAAGACCGCAGCCAGGAGGAGCCUGGAGUCCCGCCGGGCUCGGAGGAAGGGGCAGGAGGUGGCCCUGACCGGGGCGGGAGCAGAACAGUCCGACGGCAAGCUGCCCCUGAGAGAAAUCAGCAAGCUGGCUCACUUGCUUCAGCAGAGGAACGCCAUCAAGAACCUCCUCGGCAACUGGAAGGACAUCAUCUCCCACGUUCCGUCCCGGCAGAUCCGGCGCUUGAGCAGACAGCCUGUCACCUACUCUCCCGAGCAGUUCCUGCCUUUUGUGAAUGGGGCCCCCGUCCCUUAUGACGACCUCACCCUGGACCUCUUCAUGCUUGGCUACUUCCACAUCCUGGAACUGGACCUUCCGGCUGAGGAGCGGAAGGCAAGACACCUGCUCUGCUUCGAGGUGUUUGACCACCUGGGUGGACACAGCUGGGAGACAGUGCGGGCCUUCCACCAGGCCGUGGUCGGCGAAAUCGAGGCGGGCCGCAGGGGCUGGACAGACGGUUUUGAGGAUAUCAAGGAGCGGUUCUUUGGUCCCCACAAGGGCCCUGCCCGUGAGAUUGAGCCCGGCCGGAGGCCAGGGGUGACCUCAGGGAAGCCAUCACCCGGGGCUGCAGCCCCAAGUCGCUGCCUGGAACCAAGGGGACACCGGUCAGGGACCUAUUCUGGAUCCAGGGGCUUCAACGGCGAUGACGUCUGUGGGUACAUCAACCGGAGCUUUGCCUUCUGGAAGGAAAAGGAAGCAGAAAUGUUCGACUUCAGAGAGUGAAGUCCAGCUGGAGCCAAAAGGCCCUGCCUGUUAGUCGUUGGCCUUUAAAUAUAAAAGCAAAGCAAAUCUGGGCUUAAACUGGAUAGACGGUGUCUUUUGGUCCCAACGUGAUUAUUCCCAUCAGGAUUUUUCAGGACCAGACAAUGUGAAAAGAUGAACUUAGAAGAACUUUUCUCUCUGUAAUUGCCCUUUGCUGAAUUGGAGAAUAGCAUUUGAGACAUUUUUCCUAUUCUGGUUUUUCCCUUUCCUGCUGGUCCUAAGUAUGUGCUACAAAUUCCAUCUCUCCCCUGAAGGAAUGGGCCCAUGAGCCAUUUUAGCUGCUCGGAAUCAUGCUGAAAUGAAAUCCCAAAAGGCCUAGAAUCAAAUCCCCCUAUGUGAACUGAUCCCUGUGAGUUAUAUACUUCCCAAGCGCUUAGUACAGUGCUCUGCACACAGGAAGAGCUCAAUAACUAUGACAAUGAAUGAAUGAAUGAACGAAUAUGGACCUGUGAAAGCCCAUUUGGAAUUUAGAAACAGAAAAGUGAAUCAGUGAAGCCUUUAGACAUUGAUAUUUGAGGCCUUUUCUGUACAGAAAGAUCUGAUUUUGAAUUUUAAAGGAGGCUUCAUAUAACAAUGUAUCAUCCUUGAAUCAUGUAAAUGCCUUCAUUAGUAUCAAUUGUGUCUAUGCAGGAGUUGUUUUCUACAAACGUUUCCAUUAUAAACCACUGCAGUGAUUAAUUUAA